AUCCGGUGAGGCUGUGCGAGCUUCGCUCUGCUGCUGCUGCUGCUGCUGCUUUCAUUGCAAAGGAAUGUCGCUGCUAUUCGUCUGUGGAGAUGGAGGGCUGACGGACGACCUGAGGGGGACAUGUCACGACUCCAAUGCCCGAUCUUAUUAAAGUACCAUACUCCCGAAAAACAUGAUGGUUGUUAUAUCCACUCCUGAUUUUCCAGACUCUAACCUUCUAUAAGUGCUGCUGAAAUCCAACUUUUAGACAUUUGUGUUUGGACACCAUGCACUCCUAAACUGUACUACAAUCUGGAUACUGGACUGCACUUUUUUACGUUUCGUUUGACAAAUUACCAAGGGAUUUCCACUCUUCUUUUGGAUAUUUGAAGUGAACAUUUGUGAAGAUGUUUUCGGCAUUAAAGAAGCUGGUGGGGUCGGAGCCCGGGCAGCUCAGGGACAAGAAUAUUCCAGCAGGUCUUCAAUCCAUGAACCAAAGUUUGCAAAGACGAUUUGCAAAAGGAGUGCAAUAUAAUAUGAAAAUUGUCAUUCGAGGCGACAGAAACACUGGCAAAAGUACUUUAUGGCAUCGACUACAAGGGAAGAAGUUUGUGGAGGAGUACAUUCCCACACAGGAGAUCCAAGCCACCAGUAUACAUUGGAAUUAUAAAACUACUGAUGAUGUGGUCAAAGUCGAGGUGUGGGACGUUGUCGACAAAGGCCAAAAAUACCCUCUUCCUGAAGGAAAAGGAAAAAAGCGUGGAGACAACUUGAAACUGGAGAAUGAGCCGCAGGAGUCUGAUGAGGUGGCCCUGGAUGCAGAGUUCUUGGAUGUUUAUAAGAACUGCAAUGGCGUGAUCAUGAUGUUCGAUAUCACCAAACAGUGGACUUUUAACUACAUCAUGAGGGAGCUGCCUAAAGUCCCGACCCACGUGCCCGUGUGUGUGCUGGGGAACCACAGAGACAUGGGAGAGCACCGAGUCAUUCUGCCUGAUGAUAUAAGGGAACUCAUAGCUGGAUUGAACAGACCCAUGGGAGCCUCUUACAUCCACUACGCUGAAUCCUCCAUGAAAAACGGAUUUGGUCUGAAAUAUCUGCACCGCUUCUUCAAUAUCCCCUUUCUCCAACUGCAGAGAGAAACGCUAUUAAGACAACUUGAGACAAACCAGCUGGACAUGGACGCCACUCUGGAGGAACUGGGUGUCCAACAAGAGACAGAAGACCAAAACUAUGAAAUUUUCCUUGAGAACCUGGAGACGCGCAGUAAAGGCUACGGCUCUCCCGGUCCGGCCAACGGGCAGUCCCCCUCCUCGGGCUCCCAGUCGCCUAUUGUGCCCCCCAGCGGCGCAUCCACUGGCAGCUCCAGCCCCAGCACCCCCCAGCAGCCCCCUCUACCCCCCCAGGCCCUUCCCCAGUCCCCCAGUGUCCCGGCCCCCUCGGCCUCUGCCCCUCCGGCCCCCCCUGCACCUGCGGCAGUGGUCAGUGGAGUAGCCUCUCCCUCCAUGGAGGCCAAACUGCAGGCCCAGUCUCCAGAGCACUCACAGGCCUCUGCUGCAGCCGCUCCUCAGAAAAGGAGCUUCAUGUCCCGCUGGUUCGGUUCAUCUCCUGUCCCUGAAAACACCUCUCCGGCUCCAGAGGAACCUCCUGCCCCGGUGUGCCCUGAUAAAGUCCAAAGCGUGGAUGAUUUUGUCCCUGAUGAGCGACUAGACAAGAGCUUCCUAGAGGACAGCCUGCCGUCCAAAACCAAGGUCCCACAGCCGGCUCCUACUGCAGCCGUGGACAGCGACAGUGAUGGUGAAAGAGGAAACCCCAUGGUCUCCGGGUUCCAGGACGAGCUGGACCCGGACGACUCGGUACUCAAUCUGCCCCAGCCACGGAGCCUGACACCAGGUAGAGACAUCACCCUGAGCAGUGACGAAGAGGAUGCCCUCAAAGCACCCACAAUCACAGCCGACCACGACCUGGAUAGUGAACCUGAGCUCAAGAAACCUCAGAUCCUAAACACCAAACCAAAAAGCUCAUCUAAGGCCCCAGAGUCUACACCUCCGAGCGGACCCCCCAUCUCACUGACCCUGACCCCCACCCUGGAGCAGACAUCCAGCAAAAAGAAGAGCAAUGCAAAUAAACCUGACUCUGACUCAGACCCUGAGGCACCGGUGGCACAGCAGAUGCUCUCCUUUGUCAUGGACGAUCCCGACUUCGACUCUGAGGCAUCAGAUACUCCAAAAGUAACCAAGGAGGUGUUUCCGGUGCGGGACGAGCUUCUGUCUGACCUGUCUGAUGAAGAGGUGCCGCAGGUGAAGGAGCCUCUGAAGCCCACAGUCCUGUCGUUCAAACACAAAGACCACACAGACCUGUCCUUCAAACACAAAGACGACACAGACCUGUUUGGACUGGGCUUCAGUGAGGAGCCUCCAGCCGCCAAAGACAGCAGCGACGAACAGGAAGAAAAAGAAACCAAACACUCCUCCAAAGAAAAGAAGAAAAAGAAGAAGAAAAGCAAAGAGGAGGACGAGAAAAGCAAGAAGAAACACAAACACAAGAAAAAAGAGAAGGAUGAAUCCGGAGCCUGCGACGAAAAGGACAAGAAGAAAAAGAAAUCCCGGAGUAAGAAAUCUGAAGUGGACGAGCUCGAGGACUUUCUGGGUGGGGGAACGGGGGCCGCAAAACACGAUGACGGAGACUAUGAGGAGCUCUAAAACCAGCUCCAAACAUCAUCACCGGAGACUUCUUGGAUCCACUUAUGACUGGUAUGUGCAUAAAACCGCAUCUCCAAGCCAUACGCAAUACGCAAAAGGCUCAACAUCCAGGUAACAGACUACGACCAGACUACGGAUUGGGUCUGUGUGCUUUUUGACUACAUUUCCCAUCAUGCACUACAGCCGUCACUUCCAUUGCGACCAAUAAGGGGUGAAGAGGAAGCCCAAAUGUACUGUAGAGAGACUGAAGUUUAUGUUUGGGAAAAACACAAGCCCCUUCUAAACUGCUUUUUUAAAAUAAUGGUUGUACCUAUAUUGCUGUUGAUAUCAUAACUAGUCUAUUGCAUUAAUUGUGCAUUUUUCUUUCUUUCUAAGUGCAUUUUUCUAUCAUCUGUGGCACACAUUAUUGACUAUGUAGUGUAACCCAGUGCAAUACAACUAGCUUUCAUAUAUACGUAUAUCAAUAUUCAGACCCCAACACUCAAACUGAUCAUUUUCCUCGUGUAAAACAAUGUAAAAAUUUUGGGUAUGACAUGUACCAAAAGGCAUAAUUUUUAUAUUUUGAGAGAUUUCUUUUAUUUAAAGACAGUUUACCUGAUUGUUACUGUCUUUUAAAAAUGUGUAAAACAGACCUAGUUCAUUUUUAACAGUCUGUAGCAGUCUUCACUUAUUCCUCACUUACUUUAUGCAUUCAGAGCGUGUUAAUUACUCACUGCGUUGAGUUUAUAAGCGCUUUCGUUAACUUUCAGACCAGAGAGGAGUUUUGCCGUCACAGUAAUUCUAACAGCUCUUCCAGAAGGAUCCAGAGGCGUUCCCAGGCCUGGAGAAACAAGUCCGGUCAUCCCUGUUUAGACUCCACGACCCCGACACGGAUAAAGUGGAAGAAAAUUGAUGAACGGAGUAAAUCUAACGCCGCAUUUCCUGGUUCAUGGAAGAUAAAACACCUUAUAAUUAGAUACAGACAGCACGCAGAUUUUUUAUUUUGACCCAAGAGGUGAUUUACUGGGGCAAAAGAAAUUGUACUUUUGCCCCUUUAACUUAAAUUUUUUAAAAGUUCUAAUUCAAAAAUAAUGUGUUAAAGGGACAUUACGCUGCAUCUAAAAUUUUUUGCAUAUUGACCCCAAAAUUUCCAUACUUCAUAGAAUAAAUUAGUCUCUAUAAAUAAGUAAGCCAGAGUAGUUAGCACAGAGGUUGUUGAUUCAAUCCCCUAAGCAUGCACUCCAUUUAAGAACUUUACGUCAAGGUACAUUUUGAGUUUACAAAUUCCUUCCUAAAAGCAUUUUAAAAGGGGCUCUGGUUCGGUUGUUGUUUUAUUUGAUCUACUCCUGUGAGCUGCUGUAAAUAUACGGUCACAUUUAGUCUGAAUGUCGUGUGGUGAGAGCAUGCACAAAGUGAUGACUGAAUCCUAUGUGUUGUUAUUUUCCUUUAUUUAAAUGGUCAAUGGCAGAUGUUUGUCCAGUUUUGGUGUCCUGUGUCCAAACAGUACUGAAUUACAAAUAUGUAUCUCGUCAUAACUGAAAUGACAUCCAUUUAAAGUAUAUCCAAACUAAGCAGGGAUAGUAUAAAAAUAUAAUUACUUAAAGGUGUAACUUUUUAGUUGGGAGACUGUCACCUGCAUGUUUCUAUGAAGAUGUCAUUGCUCUGCCUGGAAUGUUCCACAGCAUGACUUUAAACAGCUCUAGCUUACAUUUAUUCAAUUACAAGUGAUUUUACUUCUCAAAAAUACCAUAUUUUUCAGACUAUAAUCGCUCCAAGUCACACCAGCCAAAAAAUGAGUAAUGAACAAGAAGAAAACAUAUAUAAGUCACACUGGACUAUAAGUCGCACUUUUUGAGGGGAAUUUAUUUUAUAAAAUCACAGACCAGGAACCAACAUUUCAUGUUGAAAGACAAUUUCUAAUAAUAACAAUAGAACAGAGAACAACAGGCUGUUACGUCACAUAUGAACACUUCUUCAGAUAACUAUAACAUAAACAACAGAACAAGUUUACCAAACUCUCCAUCUCACUCCAAAGCGCCGCUUCCUCUUCUGUGUAGUUGUCGUCAGACUCGGCAUCAGUUCCCAUUAGAAUUAUUCCGGCCUUUCUGAAUCCCUACAGGGUGGUUUCGGUGUCACUGAAGUUCAGGCUUUGUCCAUUCAUCCAGUAACUUCCACGAAAGUUACAUGGUGCACCCUCCCGAUUACCAUGAAGCUGUGUUCUCCAUCCCCACUUUCCGGCAGUCCCUCACAAGUUUCUCGCUCAUUUCAAACUUUCUUUCUGCUGCUUGAUUACUGUUUUCAGCUGAAUAUGGCACUGCUUGCUGCAGGACAGUGGCUCUUUCUGCAGGUGACCUGCAGUUGAGCUCCAAGUGACAGUGGUAUAGGAGUAAUAGGAGUAGCAGAUACUGACACACAAGCCUAGAGCCUCUCGUGGCUGUCAGUGUGAAAAUUUUAAUAUCUAAGUUGCACUGGAGUAUAAGUCACAGGAAGUAUUCAAACCAUGAAAAAAGUGCAACUUAUAGUCCGAAAAAUAUAGUACUUAGAAAAAGAGACAUUCUGACUGUAAGCUGGGUUGCCUCUCCGCAGAUCUGACCUGUAACUUGGUCCGGUUUGGUCUCCAUGAAGAUAGAAAGGUUUGUGACUGUGAAACAUUCCAGACAAAACAAUAACGUCUCCAUGGAGAAAAGCGUUUGAUGGACGCUCCAUCAAAAAAGUUACACAAUGCACCUAGUUCAUUUUCAAACCCCUCAAAGACCAGUGCGGAGUGACAGUAAAGCUUACAACAACUAGCAUGCUAAUGUUCACUUCCUUAUUAUCGCACAAUAAAAUGAUUUCUAACUGGAUGCUGAUAUUACACAGCAGACUUUAACCUCAAGAGCUGCUUAUACAAAAUAUAUCUCUACUGGGACAAGACAAGUUUUCCUCAAAUACAUGGGGGGAAACAGGCCUUUUAAGUAAAGCAAUGUUGUUGGUUUUUGAGUCGGGGCAUUCCAUAUUGGCUGAAAGGAUAACCAUUGUUAUAUAAAUGGCUAUAUAUACUUUGUCUGUACAAAAAUACAUUUCAGCCUCAGACCCUAGCACUCGUCCAUAUAUUAAAUUUGGUUUAAUAUUCAUUGCCUUAUUACUUACACAAUUUCAUAUCUAUAGCAUUUGGUCUCAAUGAAGUUAAAUUGAGCAAACAGGAAACCAAAUUUAAGGAAAUGGUUAUUAGAAAUGCAGAAUCACAUGUACGUACAGUCUACGAUAUCAAACCCUCUACUGUCAUUCCAAACUGAUGUUCAUUUAAAGUAUGUAAGUUAUUCAAAGUUAAACCUAGAAAAACGUGGCUUGUCACCACUCAAAUACAUUUUAACUAUAACUUAAAGGUGCAUUGUGUACCUUUUCUGGUGUAGGGUCCGUCUAAUGCUUUUUUCCAUGGAGAUAUUAUUUCUUUACCUGGAAUAUUUCCUGGUAUGGCAUCAAACCUUUCUGUCUUUAUGGAGUUCAAACUAAACCAAGUUACCAACCAAAAAGUUACACAGUGCACCUUUUUAAACUGCUGAGUUGUUUCCGAUUUAGUUUGGAUGUACUUUUUCGACAUUUUAAACCCAGUAUCUUCCUGUUCUCAGAAAAUGCCUUAAAGGAGGUUCAAACGGCGUGUCUCAUGAAGCAUUAAAAGUGUUCUUAAUGUAAACUGUUUUUAACUGUGAUGCUCCAUAAACAAGUGCGGUGAGAUAAUUCUUGUAUUUUUCAGCACAGUUCCUCACUAACAACUUCUGAUCAGUCCAAUUGAUUUGGUCUUAUUUAUUUUUAAUUGUAAAGAGUUGUUUUUUGUUUUUUUUUGUUGAAAAGGGGACCUGAGUGGUUCUACAUCUGCAAAAAUUUUCUUAUCUUUUUUUUUGUAAAGAUGCACCGCGUUAUUUUCUGGAUCUGGGUCCGUACAUCACCUGCUUGUUUCUAUGGAUAUGUCACUGCUCUGUCUGGAAUGUUCCACAGAUCUACUUUAAACAGAUCUACUUUAAACAGAUCUACUUUACAUUACAAAAGUGGUUUUAUAGAUCCAAAAUAUGUAGAAAAACCUGUAACUUGGCCUGGUUUGGUCUCCAUGAAGACUUAAUGCUAUACUGUGAAACAUUCCAGACAAAGCAAUAGCAUCUCUAAUGAGUAAAGCAUUUAACAGACCCUCCACCAGAAAAGUUACAUAAUGUAGCUUUAACAUCUAUAGACUAUAUAUUGUUGAUAGACAUAGAUCAGCUGAAAUGCAAAUUAAAGACGUUGUACCUGAUCUUUACCCAUUUAAAAAGUAGAAAAAAAAGAAGUAGUUCUUUUUAAACUGAUCUAAAAUAAAAUAUUCCUCACCUUAACACAUUUCCAGCAUCCUGAGUACCCUGAGUAGGUUUCUGCUAACAACUCGAAUUAGAACUAGAAAUAAAAUAUAUUAAAUGCAGAAAGCAAAGACAACAAAUUUGACUUUACUCUGUGUGGAGAAAAAAUGGGUACAGCUUCUUUAAAUUGUUUGCAAAAUGUCCAAAAUGUAAAGUAUUUCAUGAAUGUCUAGAAAUUUCUUUUUUUUUUUUCUAAAAAUUAAAAAAAUAUAUAAUGUUGUUGUUGCUGUUGUUUGGAUAUUCAAUGCAAAAUUUUCGUAUGAAGUUGAUUUCCUCCAACAAAACUUUUAACUGACAUUUUCCCCAGUGAAACAAAUUCACUGGCAAGGGGAGCGCUGUUUCUAUGUCUAUCACCAGUGACUAGUCUGUUACACCAUCUGUACAAUACAAAAUGGUUGCCAGCUGUGAAACGUUCCACUUCUAAGGAUAAAUUGUAGGUAUUGUAUUUUUAGACAUGUUUUAAGUAAAAGGACACUUCUUACCAUUUUGACUCCCAUGAAUAAACCCAAAACACUCUUUUUAACAGUUUACAAAUUGUGUGUGAAACUAUGCAGCAUUGGUCCUGUAUUUUUGUGUCUUUGUCAGUGACUGAGGAUAAAUGCUGAAAGUUUCAACCUGACGCAUGAGACUCAAUGUAAAGUAAGAAAAGAAUGUAUAGGAAAUAAAGAAUAUACUUGGAGAUAUUUUAGUCCAAAAUGUUGACAAAAUUUUUACACUAGUUUCCAUGACGGUUAAAUUAGACAUCGUUUUAGACAUUUUGAGCAGGACAUUUUGGACUAAACUCUUCAUAUAUUUUUCACCCCAUAACAUGUCUCAUCUUUACACUAUGUGUGAGUUUGCCUCUGUUUGUUUUGACCAAUAAAUACAAACUUAUUUCUUCA